AUGAUUUCAGGAGCAGAUGCCAAUGACCAACUCUCCUCGCAGGGAAAGCGCAAGAAGUCAAGCAGAACACCGCAAGGGCCCCGAAAGCGGGAACCACUUGCGACUACCUUCGCCUGUCUCUUCUGUAACCAUGAGAACUCGGUCGUGGUCAAGCUAGACAAGAAACUGGGCCUAGGUGACCUGUCCUGUAAGGUCUGCGGCCAGAAGUUCCAGACCGGCAUCAAUUAUCUGUCGGCCGCCGUGGAUGUGUACUCUGACUGGGUUGAUGCAUGCGACGCUGUUGCGAAGGACACUGCCAACCAGUAUGACGGGCCUGUGGGUUCGGUAGGCAACAGCAAAUCGAAUGCUUUGGCCGACGCUGGAGUUGGAGAAACCUACGAGGACGAAGACUAUUGA